AACAAUUAUAUAAAGAUAAACUAUAAGCAACGUAUUAUACCAAGUUCAACUUACAGCACAUAAAAAAAAUUAAAGUAUAGUAAAAAAAUUCGUCGCAUUUGUAUUGUUGCUCUUAUUUAAAUUUAUAUUCCUAAUUAUAAUAAUAUUUAUAUGAUUUCUUUCUAUAAUUUCAGCUUUAUAUUUCGUUAUGCCAUAAAGUCACGAUUUGUACGACAAAUUUUAAAUAAAAUAGUUCUUAAGGCAUUCGAUACAGCAUACAAUUUUGGAUCAGAAAAACUCCAAAAACUCACAAAACUAUCUCAACAAGUUUUAUAGCGUUUUCGAUUUGCUGACUUGACCCGACUCCGAGUCAAUUUGUUGUUUUCCACUGCAAAAAAAGAGAUAAACUGUGCAAGAAAUAAAGAUAAAAGGAACAGACUAUUGACUCGGAGUCGGGUCGAGUCAACAAAUCAAAAACGCUAUUAGAUGAGGGCCAAUAGUCUCUGCACAUAGACACGGAGUUUUACACUACGUAUUACUAUAUAUUAUUAUGUAUUACUUGGGCAUUAACUGAUAUUAGUAUUUACAAAUAAUCUUUUGUUAAAUAAAUUAUAUUUCAAAUAUAUAAUUAAUCCUACUCUAAAAUUACAAAGACAAUUCUAAAAUAAAUUCUACAUCGAAAUCUUGUAGUGGCUUAUUUAUCCUUUUCUCAUUAAUUAUUUGAUUUUUAUCAGUUAAGCCUUUACAUAAUAUUUAUAAUAAUUAAUCUUAUUUAUUAGAUGUCAUUUUUCCAAUAAAAAGUUGUUUUUUCUAUCAUAGAGAGUUGCAGUACUCAUUCCAUUGCUGAAUGAAUCUAAAUUAUAUAAUACUUCAUAUAAACAUCUAUAUAUUGACAUAUGAAUAAGUCAUUAUACAUACAUAAAAUGCAAAAUACACAGGUCGCAGAUCGCAAAUGUGGAUCUUAUAGUCAAUACAAAUAUAAUGAUAAUAUUAACAUAUUUAUGGGAUUAAAAUGCGUUCUUAAAAUAUGAUUUUAAGAACGCAUGAAGUGAUUAUAUAAUGCUACUGAACUGCCUAGUAGAUUGCAUGAUUAAUUCAUUACCAAUAAAGAUAGUAGUGCGUGGAAUUUUUCAAACCAGUCAAACAGUUAAAAUUUACUUCAAAUUCCAAUCUUAAAUUGUUCCACACAAAAAUUAAAACUUCACGCCUUCAGAGAGUUGACUGUGAUAAAUUUAUAUUUACAAAUGUAUAUGCAGUGUAUAAUAUAAAAGAGAAUUAUCUCGUGACACACACUUUUUAAGUGGAAAAAACCACAACUGUGUUGCGCGUGAACAGCCUCUUUGGUAAAGCCACUUCUCACUGCGUGAGGCAAGAAAUUACGUCGUAAAGAUGACGGGCAUUAACGAUACACUUAAACAAGAUUGUGAGUGCACUUUCAACAGAACAAAUGAAAAUUCGGAUGAGUAUGAAUACGUGAAGAUGUUGCGCGAAGGUCUAAACUUCGAUCGGAGCUUAUUUCCGAGUGACUUUGAUGAGUGGACAGUGAGUCAAAGAUAUAACUGGAUAAAUAAGAAUCUCUCCAAAUUCUUUCCGAACGUGCCAGAGUCUUUACUGGAAUUCAUUCCGGCUUCCUUUCGUCAAGGGGAUUGCAGUCAGGUUUCACCAGUGAAGAAACCCGAAUGGCUGGACAUGGAUAAGUAUCGCAAAGGACAAAAAUUCGCGCAGGAUUAUUUAAUUGGAAUUUUUAUGACCAUAGCGUUGUCAUUCUUAUGUGCUUAUACUUUCGAAACUAAUCUAAAUCCAAUCAUUUUGGGUGAUCGCGCUCAUACGCCAUAUUUAGCAUUCAAAAGAUAUUUGCUAACUAUGUGCCGGAUAAUGAGUUGGUUCGCCGGAGAACCAUGGGUCAAAGGAACGCCUGCUUUUUGGGACAUGCAAAUUACACGUAAAAAGCAUAAGACAAUAAGAGAUAAAUUAUCUCGGUUUGAUAAUCACAAAAUCGACGACGCGUGCAAAUUCGCUAAUCCAUGGUGCCCCGAUCGCGAAUUGCUCCUGAAAGAUUUCAACAAUUUCACGUGUCCAUUUGAAAAGAUCGAACAACGUCCUUAUAAAUUGUUCGUCAAUUUGCCAAUCAAGCGGAGAUAUAUAAACAACGCUGAUAUGGCGAUGAUUCAAUGCUCCUUCGUAAGUUUCAUUUUACUUUGUCCAAAAGAAAUUGGAGUGCAUAACGCAACCGACGAGGAUCUCGAGGGUUUCUGUCAUAUCUGGAGAUGUUACGGAUAUUAUCUCGGAAUAGAAGAUGAGUAUAACUUCUGCCGCGGCAGCCUCGAGGAGAUAAAACAACGCUUGCGAGAUUUCUUUCAAUAUUGGGUGAUUCCUAAUUUGAGGGAAGUGACACCCGAAUGGGAACACAUGACGAGAUGCCUCAUCGAGCCGAUGAAUUAUUUUCCCCUUAUGUAUAUGCCUUAUAAGUCCACGAUAUUGCUUCUUACAGAUUUACUUGAUAUCAACAUGCCGCGUUUGCACGCGUCUCUCAGCUAUGCAGAGUGGAUCGCUUAUAAGAUAUGGAAGUUUGUGUUACGUUAUGUCAUGAAAUUAUCGAGCGUGCGAUCACUUUCUAAUAAGGUAUUAUUCAAUUUAUUAAAUCAAAUGGCGAAUUGUAGUCCAGAAAAAGAAGAAGAGCUCCACACGCGAUCUAAGAAACUAAUACAGGAUUUUUCUAUUGUAAUUUAACAAUAAAAUAUAUGUAAUUAAAUCACUCGAUAAAAUGUUGGAAAUAUAACAACAUUAUAUGAGUAAAAUGUAAUUCGGGAAUUGUAGCCCGAAAAAAAAGCAGUACUUUACGUGAGGUCUAAUAAACUAACGCAGUUUUUUAUUAAAUUUUAACAAUAAAGUAAUGAAACUA